GCAUAGAGAAACAGAGUAACCUUAUCGAGUGAAGAAGAUUGGGUUAGUAGUAGUAAGCAAAAAUGGCGUCGAUUGCAGCAUCUCCUAGCUUUCACUCGCUUUCAACAUUCAAAAGCCCUAACCUUUCUUCGACCCAUCUUCUUCCUCUAUCGAAAAACCUCACCUUUCGAACCAGACCCAUCGGGAACAGCAGAGUUUGCAGCUUUUCUGCGUUUACGAAACAGAGCCGCCUUGGGUUGAUGAAGCUUUCGUGCCUUGGAGAAGGAGGAGGAGAAGACGGCGUUGCAAUUGCAGAUGAAGAGCAACAACAACAACAACAGCAAGAGACUGUCUCUGUUCCUGUCUCUCCUUCAGACAUGCUCACCAUGUUCUUUCAGGCUGAUGGAACUUUGAACGAAGCAGCUAUUCCUAAUGUCACAAAGGCCUUACAGGACAUAGAUGGAGUUUCCAACUUAAAAGUUCAAGUUUCUGAAGGUGUUGCCGUUGUUGAGCUUUCAAAGCAAACAACGGUUCAAGCAACAGGAGUGGCGUCAAGCUUGGUGGAGACUAUACAAGGAGCUGGCUUUAAGUUACAAACUUUGAAUCUGAGCUUUGAAGACGAAGACGAGGUUCUUGUCUAAUAAUUGAAUCAUGUUUCUCCUGCUCCAUUUUGUGAUUAAAGCAAACACAUUAAUGUUCAAUGUUAGGAUCACUUUCUUUAAUUCA